AUGGCAAAGUAAGAUGCUGGAAAAAAUAACAAGAGAGAUCGUAGUCCAGUAGCUGUAAUUAUAUUUAUAAAUAUAGGAAAUGAAAAUAUGGUAAGAGGCUGUAAGGAAAGAGAAUUAGCAUCUUAAAGUAUAUGAACAUUUUACAAUCAAUCCACACAAAUGUAUAUACAACUGUUAUAAAUGCUAGUAUACAUAAUCUAAGAAAAACCAAAUAAUAGCAUCAUGUUAUAAAAGCAUCUUGAAAAAACAGGGGCUGUAUAAAAACCAGCAUUUGAUGUAAAUUAAAUAACAGAUGAUUCACCACCUUUAGAAAGUAAUAUAAUAGUUUUUUAUAGAUUAGAGGAUAUCAUUGAUAAAUUAAAUACAAUGAAUAGAACUCCUCGUUAGAAAUAUCAAUUUCCAUAGACUUCUAAUUAAGAACUAGGAUGGCAUUCAGUUGUAAAAUAUUGACUAGUUCUUUUUAGAAUUCUCAUAGUCUAUCUCCAUCAAAAUUCACUUAUCCUAGAAAACUUUGUAAGGAAACCAAUUAUGCAAAUGAUUACUUUACAAUGAAUAAAAUAAGUCCAUAUUCAAAUAAGUUUAAAUGAGUC